CGUCACAGCUUUUACCUCCUACCCCUCCCCCUACUCAGUCAGCGUAAAGAUGGCGGAGGCUGCGGCUGUUGAACAACAUCGUUUCUUUUGCCACUGCUGUAAGGGAGAAGUGAGCCCUAAAUUGCCGGAAUACAUAUGCCCUAGAUGUGAAUCUGGAUUUAUUGAAGAAGUCACUGAUGACUCCAGUUUCCUUGAAGGAGGUGCCAGUGGGAUCAGUGAUGAGGCUGCCACACAUUUUGCAGAGCUAUGGCAUCUCCUAUUUGUGGAUCGCCCUUUUUCUAUGGAUCCUGACAGAGACUUAACAGAAAGGCAACAGAUGCCCAGCAGUGAAUACUGGACUUCAGGACGUACUACCAGAUUGCAGACGCAGAGGAGAUACCGUUCAAGAGGGACAACUAGGCCUGAUCGAUCUCCAGCAGUUGAAGGGAUAGUACAACAGUUUUUGGCAAGUCUGUUUGCAAACUCUGGGGUACCUGGUUCUCCACCACUGUCAUGGACUGGGAUGCUCCACUCUAACCCUGGGGACUAUGCAUGGGGUCAAGGUGGUCUUGAUGCUGUUAUAACUCAAUUACUAGGACAGUUUGAGAACACGGGUCCACCUCCAGCAGAGAAGGAGAAGAUUUCGUCACUACCAACAGUACAUGUUUCACAAGAUCAAGUCGAUUCAGGUUUAGAAUGUCCCGUGUGUAAGGAGGAUUACAGACAAGGUGAAGAAGUUCGGCAGUUACCAUGCAAUCACUUUUUUCAUAGCACAUGCAUUGUGCCUUGGUUGGAAAUGCAUGACACAUGUCCUGUGUGCAGAAAAAGCCUCAGUGGUGAGGACUCCACGCGGCAGUCUUUAGAUGCCACAAGUCUGAACAGUGAAGGAAGGCCACAGGAAAGGUGGUCGUUUUAAAGGCCCGUCCACCUUAACUGCUUUUGCCACUCAUAAUGUAAAAAAAAAAGAAAAGAAAAUUCAGAAUUAUAAAAUACCAGAAUGCAUUUAUGAAAGCAUACUGGAGAUGUAUAGGGCUGUUGUGUUACUGAGACUUACACUAAGCUGGCAGCAUCUACAACCAGCAAUUCAGUCCCAAAAAAAAAAAAGAAAAAAAAAAAAGUAAAUGCAGCCACAGACUUGGGGUUGAUGUCUUAGAAUGGAAUGCUCGCUUGUAGCUGGAACAUGAAAAGGCCAAACUUGUUAAAGUGGUAGCUGUCUAAUAUGUAUGAUAUAUACUUAAAGCAAGGUCUGGCUGGUGGCAAUCUUAGGAAGACUUUUUGAAGUUCCUACAGUGAAUGAAAGAAGCCUUGAGAUGGAUAAAUUGCUGCCAUUUCUUUUGGCUUUAUUACUGUCUUGUUAGGAUUUUAUUUAUGCAUUUUCUGUAUAAAAAUCACUUUUCUGCAUUCCUGUUUAUCAUCAUAGUUAAAAUCUGAAAGCAUACUUCUUGGACCAAGUAUUGUAACUUUGUUUUAAUAUCAUGGCAUGCUCUCAUGGGGCUUAUACGUCUUGCUUUUGGCAUUUGUUGUCUGGUUUUCAUUCCAUCUAAGCUCCUACUGUCUAAAAAUUAUCAUCCGAACUAAUUUUAAAUAUUUUCCCUUUAAAAUUAUGGUUUCAAUUAUCUCUCCAUACAUUGAGAAGGAAAGAAGAUUUCAUUUUGUGUUUGAGUGUAUAAUAUGUAUCUUUUACACCCUAUGUACUGGGACAUUUAACCAUUAGGAUGAAUUUUAAAGUGUGUAAAAUCAGAAUGAUGCUUCUGAGGUACGGAAGAUACCAGAAUGGGGUUUCCAUAAUCCAGAGCUAGUUUGUAAACCAUCAGCCUAGUAUUUUUUUUUUUUUUUUUUUUUUUUUGUUGUUUUUUUUUUUGUUUUAAUUGCAUUGUCAUUGCUUCUCUUCCUAUAAAGAAUGUGUUUGUUGCGGCUCUUUCAUUGAAAGUAAUUGUAAAACUAACAUCACUAAAAUUUAAGAAGAAAUUCCUUCAAAUUAUAUUGGAAAUAAAACCAGAUUAUUCAUUUGUUCCAAUUAAAAUUAUGAUUUCUUGGUCUUGACAAAUAAUGUUAUCUUUGUGUCUUGUAUUGUUGACACUUUGAAAAAGUAUGCUAUAGUUAAUGCUAAUAAUCUGGUUCCCUUCAAUGGAGAAUGGCACAGAUACCAUAAUAAAUUAUUCAAGGAGGUUAUUUAAGUAAUACAGUUAACAAGGAAGAAAUUAAACCCUAUUAUAAAGUAGUCUUGUGUACACCGUUAUUUAUCAGUGUCAUUAAAUGCCCUACUUCUGUUUUAGUAAAGGCAUGGUAUUUUAAGCUACUAGUUAUAUUAAAAAGGACUGACAGAAUGAUUAAGUAGUUAGCAGAUAUGCUAGUUGGCUGCUCUUAGACAAUAGAUUAAUUUUACCACCCUUAGCAAUAGCAGUAUUUUUCCAUUAAGCAAAUUUCUGUCCCCUAAAUGCACAGUUGGUUAAUGUUAUACAUCUUCCCUUUAAAACAUAUUAUUUAGUAAUAACUUACGUUUGGUAUUUUUUUUCCUGUUAAGUCACUUACUUAUGUACAGUGCUGUGAUUUUGUUAUACUGAAUGUUAAAUUUGAUCAUUAUCUGUUUAUAUAUAGACUUGGCUGCAAACUAUGCUAUCAGUAUCACAUUCUUUGUCAGGAGCAUCCCACCCACCUCGAAAAGACAAGAAACCCAUAAUUCUUUUUCUUUAAUGUUUGGCUUUUAGAUUAUAUUGACAUUGCCAGUAGUGUAUUGUAGUAAAAAAAAAAAAAAAAAAAAA